UUAGAUGAUUAUUUCAUGUUAUACAGGCAUGAUAAGUUGUGACCUUUGAGCUAAUGCCUCGAGGUUCACCAGUUGAGGCUGGUGAGAACACAGGAUCGUGUCCUCUGAACUUAAGUCCCUUCAUUGGUUCAACAAAGCCUGAGAUGGCUGAACUUCUGUUUGCUCUUUUAGAAGCCCGUUGUCACUACAGCUGGUAAAAUACUGCAAUUCUGAAGAGAUAAUGCAUUGCAAAAACAGCAUCUAAAUAAACACCUAUUCACAGAUACACCGUCCAUCUGAGCAGGAUGGGCAAGAACAUUUUUGUAUGGAAAAGAGAGAGGAAUGAGGGAGAGUGGGAGGGGUAUGUUUUUGUCUGUUGUAUCAUUAUAUAGGAAAUGGUGGUAGUACAACUGUGCCUAGAACAAGGGUUCUCAACCUGUAAACAGCUCUUUGCCCCACCAGAGCCCACACCUGCAGUCCUAAAGAACAUGAAAAAUUGUUCUGUAAUGAAAUUUACACACAGUAUCACUUUUUUAAAAGGCUUAUAAUUUUGAUUGAGAGGAGUCAUAACCUACAGGAGAAAGGUUGAGGUUUGUGGCACAUCGCAGAACAAGGUAACCUUAGAUGGCAAAGGUGAUGUAGGACAAACAGGUUCAGUGCUUGGGGUAAAGUAUCAGGAACAGUAAAUACAGGAAUUGCGUAGAAUUAGUAUUGCAUAGUUGAGUACUGUAGUGUGAUUUACAGUGUCUUUAAAGACAGAGCAGCUUCUUGAAGGGAUUCCACAUCAUGGCAGUACUGAUGAGUGGGAAAAGAGAAGAGGAAGUGCCAUCAGAAGUCCAGUAUUUUUGGUGAUAAUGUUGCAAAGAACAAUAGUGGGGAAUAGAUAUUUUCUAGACCUUCACUCUUAAGGCACUAAUUAAUCACAAUUGAAAACAAAUAAAUAAGUAAAGCUCUGCUCCCAUAUCAGAAUCUCGAUCCUUUCCACAGAUAACCUCAGGAUUAUAUAUUAUUGUUUAUGUAGCGAGAAAGUGAAAUGCAAUCUGCAAGGUAUUUGGAGAGCCACAAAGGGAUGACCCACCCAUUCCAGUGGUGAACAGGUUGAGAAUCCCUGUUUUAGAGUAUAUAAAGGUAUAUCUACAUAAGCCCACAUGGAGCUCUUUUCUGCCUCAACAGGGCUUGUUUUGGCAGCUCACAUAGUAUCAACUCAGAUAUCCUCACAGUGUGAUCCAGCGUGCAGCAUAGGCAAAAUCCUAACACUGAGUAGUUGAAUAAGUUGGAAAAAAAAUGCUGAAACCCACUGGACAAAGUCCCAGUGUAUAAAAACCAUAGUGUUUGACUUCAAACUGUCAUGCUCACCAUUUGCACAGAUUUUUGGUUAAACAGCUGAAUUCUACACCCUUGUAGAAAAGGUAAUUUAAUGUUUUCUUUUUCAGGCUCCUCCAUUGCCAUCCUCUUCAUCUUGACAUUUUUUCAUGGACAUUAAAUGAAAACUUUUCUGAUAUUCAGGAAGUGACCCAGUUCUGCACCACUGAUUUUUGUAGCUAUCCCGUAAGGCUGCUGGCUGAAAGCUGUGUCUAUGCAACCUUCCAAGUGCGGAGUGUCAACCAACUGGACAGGAGAGAGCACUGCCUCCUACUCCAGAACUCAAAACAAAUAAAGCUCAUCCAGCUGUACUUCAAAAAAAAAAAAUAAUAAUUCCAUGUUUUGUAUAUAUCUGACAAAACUGGCAACAUUAUACAGACUACUGACUUGAAGACCACCUCUUUUGUAUUUUCUCUGUUUCUGGGCUGAUGAGUUGGUUUCAUCCGUUUUUCCCCUUCAGAAUUUCCCUUGGAAAAAGUACUAGCUUAGCUGGUCAUUUCUUUGUAAGGUAGUUAGAAGUUUUAAGUCUUUCUUUGGGCAACUUUUUUUUUCUUUCUUUUUUUUUCUUCUUUUUUUUUUUUUUUUUUUUUUUUAAUGUGAAGAGUUAGGUGAUAAAUUUCUUUCUUUCUUUUUCUUUUUUUUUUUUUUUACUGCUUUUAUGUUUUCCUGUCUUGUUUUGAAACCAUGACGGUUACACUUUUGGUUCCUGAAUAAAAUUUAAAACAAUUAACAGCCAAGUCACAAAGAUAAAUGGGUUGCACAUAGACUAAGGAAUAAACUUCAGAUUUGUGAUUUUUGUUUCUAAUCUUGAUGUAAAUUUACACUAUUUAUAAAUACAUAUUUAUUGCUUGAAAAUAUUUGUGAAUGGAAUGCUGUUAUUUUUUCCAGAUUACCUGCCAUUGAAAUUUUAAGGAGUUCUGUAAUUUCAAACACUACUCCUAUUACAUUUUCUAUAUGUAAAUAAAACUGCUUAGCAUUGUACAGAAACUUUUAUUAAAAUUGUUUAAUGUUUAAAGUUUUUCUAUUGUUUGAGUUUUAAAAAGAUUUUAUGUACAGUGCCCAGUUUCUGUUCUUUUUUUGAAUCUGAUUAUAUAUAUUUUAUAUAUACUCUUGUGCUUGUGUAUAUAUAUAAUAUAUAUAGAAACUCGAAUAUAAAUAUGUGUAUAAAGAUUUAGAGACUAAAUUUUUCUCGUUUUAAGUUUUACAUCUAUGGUAGAUUUGAGGUGUCUACUGUAAAGUAUUGCUUACAAAAGUAUGAUUAUUUUUAAAGAAAUAUAUGGUAUGUAUCCUCAAAACAUAAAAUGACCUUCAGACUGGUUUAUUGUUAAAUUGCACUUUUUGCAAUAACAGACCAAUAAAUAGUUGCUGCCAAAACAUAGUAGUAGAAAAUAAGUAAUGGCUAAAUUCUAAAGCUCUUCAAGAAAAUGCCGGGUUUGACAGGAAGUUUGGCGCUAGUGUCAGAGGAGAAAUGUAAAAGGUGGAUUGAAGUUUGGGUGGGGAUGGCGUCCACAAUUCAACCAAAUCGUAACUUAUGUAUCACAGGAUGUUCUAUUAACAACCUACCAAGUUAAGACUGAAUCGCCUUGGCGUCAUUGUUGACCCCUUCUCCCCCCCACCCUAGCCCUCCCCCCCCCAGAAAAAGGACGUUGUUGUGAUAUUCUAUUGUAUUUUCACAUAUUUUGUAAUACAAAUUCACUGGUAAAUUUUGGAAGCACUAGGUUUAUCUAGGACAAGUUUAUAAUAUAUCAUUGUAACAGUUUGCAGUUUUAAUUAUGGUAUUUAUUUUAAGUCUCUCCUUUCUCAUUAGCUUCUUGAGAACGCAUUAAAUCUGAAUUCCAGAAUGGAUAGCUUUCUUAUCGAUCAGAGUUGACUGAUGCGGGAGGUUCUGCAUCAAACGAUUUCUCAUAAUUUCUCAUUAGUGGGGUAUGUUAGUGAUUGCGUUGUUAAAUUUUUUGUAAUCAAUGUGAAGUGUUAAAAGGCACAGAGCAUGCUGGUAGUUUAUUUUGAACAGAAAGAAAUUGCCUCUUACAUUCGUAGCUUCAAAUGAAGGGUGUUUUAAUGAAGAAUCAGUACACAGCUCGUCUACUGCUGUUACGACAGUUUAACUCUAGUUACAAAUAACUUUUUUUUUUUUUUUUGCUAGUUCUUAAAACGGUUGGGCAAAAGGAUAUGGGGAUUGAAGAAAAAUAUAACGCUCUUGCCAGCAGAAUUAUCAACUAGCAGUUAGGAAGCCAGUAUUUACAGUUCUGUAAAGAUGUAAGUCUCAGCUCUUGAUAACAAUCUCUACACACCAUAAUUAUUAUUAUUUUUUUUUUACUUAUGUAUUUUAUGCAGUCAUAAAUAUUGUAAUCUUGACAAACCAUGCUGCAACUGAAAAGCUACUCCUUUACAGUAGUCUUAAACCCAAAUAAAAGCAAGAUAACUUACCUCAA